UUCCAGUAAAACAUCCUGUUAGAUUUCCAGGAAUUCUAAACGGCAAACUAUAUAAAAGUGAAUGUCUAAGAAACCUGAUAAACAGUCGAUGGAAUAAUCUGAGAUGGACUGGAUUAAAUUGUGUUUGCUUGUUGGCAGCAUUUUCGCUUCUAGCGAAGGUGCUAAAGAUUACCAUUUCGUGGUUGCUCCAAACGUAAUAAGGUUUAAUAAUCCAGAGACAGUACUAGUCAAUAUAUUUGGCAACAGUCAAAAUGUACAGGUAUCGGUUUGGCUUGAGUACAGGGGGAAUCCCUUUUCUAAGUCAACUGUCACCGUUCCAGAUCAGGCAUCCCCAGUUUACACAACAGUAAACGUGACAGAGUCGGAUAUUUUCAACACUGUUAUAAACGACAAACCAAGAAUUAUCAAUCUUUGCUCACAACGCGGAAACGAGAACAAAAUAUGCAAUGCCGUAGUACUCAGCUACAAGACGGGGUAUCUGAUCGUACAGACGGAUAAACCUAUAUAUACUCCACUACAGGACGUGAAGAUAAGAGUUUUAGCCCUUGAUGAGUCAUUGAAGAGGGUGUCGGGUGAUCAAUGGCAAAUACAUCUGGACAUCGUCAGUCCCUCAAACCUGACUCUUGGGAGAAGAGUUUUUACGAGCACAAGUUCAAGUGGGUUUUACCAAAAUGCAUUUUCCUUACCGCCUUACCCGGAAAUUGGAACAUGGACAGCUCGUGCCUUCUAUGGCGGCCAUUAUGAAACGGUAGCAAGAUCCCAAUUUCAAAUUGAGGAAUAUGUCCUGCCAACAUUCGGUGUCACCAUUGACGUGUCACAGCAAUACAUUUUGAUGAAUCAUCCCAAUGAUUCUAAGAUUGACUUCACUGUCAUAGCAAAAUAUGUGUACGGAAAGCCGGUAGCAGGAAAAGCAAGAUUGUCUUUCAAUGUAACAUAUGCGAAUGGGCAAAGUGAAUAUCUCUUCAGCAUGGACCGAAAAGAACUUGAGCGGGGUAUGGCUGAAUUCAGUGUAAACAUUGUUGGGUCUGAGGAGCUUAGGAAGUUACAAUAUCCGGAUGGAGGUCGACUUGUAGCUAUUGCUACAGUGUUUGAAAGUGCGACAGGGAAAGAGGAAAACAUGUAUAACGACGAAACAGUUUUCGCUAGAGAACCAUUCAUUUUCAAAUUUACUAGAUCAAAGCGAUUUUUUAGACCAGGAAUGGGAUACUAUUUAAAGGUUGAUUUGAACAUGCCAAACGGUGUCCCUGCUAAAGGUCAGAAAAUAACAGUGGAGCAAAUUAAUGACAAUGGUGGGGUUGUUGAAACUGAAGAAGCAUUGACAGAUAGCGACGGACAAGCACUUGCUAUUUUUGAGAAUACAGCACAGAGUAACCGUCUUAGAUUCAAGGUCAUUGGAUCACGCGAUGCACAAAGACAAGAAAGCGAUAUAUUUGAAGUUAUAGGGUAUGAUGAUAAAAACCAAAUUCUAGUGGAGCGCGUUACCACCGACGACAACAUUAUGUUAAUGAAUGCUUUCUCAAAUGUACAGCUCGGAAAUGCCGUGUCGAGUUACACUGGAAUGUUGUUUGUGGUUGUAACAAGAGGUAAAAUUGUCCACGCGGUUUUCAAGCAAGCUAGCAACAAAGCAGUCGAACAAAUUGAUGAUUUUUUGCAAGAAUUAAUCAAUCCCACAGCAAGGCUGUUGGUGUUUUACGUAGACGAAAACUCGAACAAGGUUGUCGCAGACUCUAUCAAAAUUGACGUUGAUGCAAAAUGUAGAGGAAGAGGGUUAUCUUUAAAACCUGAUAGUGUUGCGCCGUUACCUGGAACAAGAGAUCAGCUGACUAUAACUGGAACACCUUUUUCUUGGGUUGGCCUCAAUGUCAUUGAUAAGGCCUUGUUGCUUCUGAAUGAUAAAAACAUUUUGGUGAAAAAUAAGAUGUUCGAUGUUUUAAGGUCACAUGACCUUGGAUGCGGUGAAGGUAGUGGUAAAAAUAAUGGAGAUGUUUUUAAGAACGCAGGAUUUUCUAUUUUGACCAAUGCUGAUGUUGAUCGUGUUAUGUACCGUGUACAAGAAGGAUGUGAUUCAAACGCUCGUAAAAGACGUUCUGCUGAUGAUUGCAAUGGUGCUGAUGAGCGAUGUUGUGUAUAUGGUAAAUGGUAUGCUGAGACAGUUAUUAACGAAACUGCAAAGGAAGAAAGGGCAAAAUUAGAUCCGUACACUUUGUGCUACUCUGCUGCAAAGAAAGCAUUUAAAACUAACCACUAUGAAAUCAGAUGCAUACAGUCUAUCUUGCACUCAUGUAUAGAUAUGAUGGUGUCAUUGAUUUCCGAGGUUACUCAACUUUCGUCCAGGUCAUUAGAAGACGCCGUCAGUCAUUAUGCACAAGAUUUGGAGUUCCUCGCAAACGAGAAAGUCAGACCUCAUAAACGAACUGAUUUCAGGGAGUCCUUCAUGUUUGAAGAAGUACAGUUAGAUCUAAAAGGAAAAGAAAGUAAAGCAUAUAGUUACCCGGAUUCAAUAACAGAAUGGAUGAUACAAGCUAUUGGAAUAACUGAAAACAUUGGGAUGUGUAUUGCUGAUCCAGUAGAUGUAAGAGUCUUUAGGAAAUUUUUCAUCCAACUAGACCUUCCAUACAAAGCAACAAGAUUUGAAUUAUUUGACGUUAAGGCUACACUGUUUAAUUACGGACAGGAAAAUGAUCCACCUAAAUCAGCAAACAUGUACUUGGAGGCAGUGGAUGGUUUAUGUUAUGGUACAGCACCGGGUAAGCCCUCGCCAAGAAAAAUAAUUGAAGUGGGUCCAAACAGUGCCACAACUGUCCGAUUUCCUUUGAUACCAUUGAAAGCGGGAAAAUUUUCGGUGAAAAUUACAGCCAUCGUCACUGAAGCGGGAAUGCCAAUGGUUGACAUUAUCGAAAAAAAUCUCUAUGUUGUGAACGAGGGUAUUCAGGAAAUUAUAACAAUUCAAGCUUGUCUAGAUCCAAACAAGCAACGUGAAGACUGUGAAGAUAGCGACAGAGUAAAUACAAAUGUUAAAUAUUCCAACACUGGACAUGCACAGCAAGUAUCUAUAGUCGACCUUUCAUUACCAAAUAUAGCAAUCCAAGGUACCGGAUCGGCUAUAGCAUAUUUACAAGCAAAUGUCAUGGAUAACGUAGUGCAAACUAUACUUAGCGGCGUUGAUAGCUUAUUCCGAUGUCCACAUGGUUGUGGAGAGCAGACGAUUGCCACAACCGCCCCAAAUGUCUACGCCAUGAUGUAUCUGAAGCAAACCAAUCAGGUCACGGCAGAUCAUGAGGUCACCGGCAAUACUCAUAUUCGAGAUGGUGUAAAUAGAGAGAAGAGCAUGUUCCGACAUUCAGAUGGCUCCUACUCCUGUUGUAAUAAUGACAAACAUACUGGCAUUUACAGAGCAACAAGUGUUUGGUUGACAGCGUUUGUAGCCAAAGUAUUCUGUCAUGCUAACACUGUUGUCGAUGAUCUUCUAGACGAGAAAAAUGAUCUUCAUCCAACCAUAACCUUUUUGAAAAAUCACAUGAACGCGAAAGGGGAAUUUAAGGAGAUACAAGACACAAGGUUCGGUUCAUGGUUAAAGGGAGCUACAGAAGCAGGACAUACUCCUUCACUCACUGCCUUUGUUUUAAUAAGUCUGUUGGAGUGUAAUGUAAUGCAGUCGAGCUUAAAUCAUACUAUUGAUCUUGCAACAAAGUACCUAGAAACUUUGGACACAACUUGGCUGAAAAACAGACCGUUUGAUCUUGCAAUAACCACAUACGCUCUUGCUUUGGCUAAAAGUGAACACAUGAUGACAUUUAAGAACAUGUUAGUGUCGAUUGAAAAGUCAAAUGGGAAAAAUAUUUACUGGGCAAAACCUGGCAAUAGUGCGACAGAUGCUUAUGCUGUUGAAACAACGGCUUACGCUCUUUUGGCAAUGUUGAAGUUUGAUGACAUGGCGAAGGCUGCUCACAUUGUACGAUGGCUGACAUCGCAACAAAAUGCACAAGGCGUUUUUAAAAGCACACAGGACACUGUGGUUGGUCUGCAAGCACUUUCCCAGUACAACAUCAGGACGUUCUCGCCGUCUGUAAACCUUAAAGCGACAUUUACCGCAAAUGAUUGGAAAGGACAACAAUUAUCACUGAAAAAUGAAAAGUUUAAACUACAAAAAAUUUCUGACAAGUUGCCAGUUGAAAAGGGUGACAGUAAAUUGAACGUGUUGGUGACUGGUUCAUCUGGAAGUGGAAGAAUGAGGAUUGAACUACGUUAUAAUCGACCUGCUAAGAGCAACGAAACUUGCCCGUUUAAUAUAUCAAACAUUGAUGUGGGCGACGUAUACAAACCCCUGAGUGAUCGAAAUAUAUCCAAACUUGGGAAAUGUGACGUGUGCGGCACAUGUUAUGCUAAUCCUACAGUACCGAACUAUAAUUCGCUCACAACAAAGGCUCCUGUUAUUGUAAAUAUACCGAAAUUUGGGAGGAAAAAAAGGCAAGCUCAAGCCAAUCUUGAAGAUAACAUGAAGUGUAUUCGAUUCAGUGUAAGUGCACUUCCGGGCAACAAGCAUGGGAUGUCUAUGAUAUACUUCAACUUGGAAACUGACGUCACAGUUCUAAAAGAAGAUAUGGAAAAAAUCAUCAGAGACAACGACAAUAUGGAUGACUUUGAGAUGCCAACUAAUGGUAACGGAUUGGUUGUGUUUUAUCUAAACACGCUGACGUCAAAGAGAAACGACUUUGUGUUCCGGCUCGUGGAUGAUUUUGAAGGUGACAAACUGUCACGUCAACCUGUCUCUGUAGAUGUGUUCGAUUACUAUGAUCCAGAUAAAUAUUGUCGCAAGAUAUAUGGAACAGGUCCUAACAAAGGUGCAGCUGUGGACUACAAAUGUGAUUCUAAAAACAAACAAUGUAAAUGUCUGCAAAGUUCUUGUGCAGUCUCAGUUGAUAAAGAGAUUUUGAACUUGCUUAAGAACGGACGAAAACCAGCCAUCAAGUUGCUUCAAUACACAUGUAACGUGGAUAAAGCAAACUAUGCCGAUAUAAUCAAAGUUACAAGUAUAUGGUGGAAGAACGAUACUGAUUCUAAAAUACCAAGGGCAUUAACUGAAGUCAACUACUUACUAUACCCCAGGUGCCAAACAACAUGCAAAAGGCGACGAAUUGACACUGUUCUGGAAAUCAAGUUGUCAUUUUCCAAACCUACAGAAAGAUAA